UGAAGCAGAUGAGAGAGAGGGAGUGAGGUGGUGUGGUGAGAGAUAAAAUAGGGUUUAAAUUUCAAAAGAAAAGGAUUAAUUGUAAUAGAAACGAUACAGAAUUGGCGGGGAGAGGGAAGGAGAGGGGCGAGGACGCCAAAAAAGGGGGGUAAAUCUGGCAAACGUAGGAGGGUUAAGAGCGAGAUCUUCGUGGAAGCAGGAGGCGAUUGGAGGGGAGGAAGACGACGUGGAGGACUGUAGGCCUUGGCGUCGCAGGCUGUCGAUGGCGAUCACAUGGGGUUCCGUCUUCCGGAUUUCCCUUCUCCUCCUCCUCGUUGCUGCUAUUACCACCGCCUUUGUAACUCUCCCCGUCGAAAAGAUUUUGAAGGAUUUUUUGUUUUGGAUUGAGCAGAAUCUUGGGCCUUGGGGCCCUCUUGUGCUGGCCGUUUCGUACAUACCUCUAACAGUUCUGGCCGUUCCAGCUUCUGUACUUUCGCUUGGAGGUGGUUACCUGUUCGGGUUGCCCAUUGGUUUUGUUGCUGAUUCUAUUGGUGCUACUAUUGGUGCAACAGCUGCAUUCUUGCUUGGUAGAACAAUUGGUAGGCCAUAUGUUAUUUCAAAGUUGAAGGAUUAUCCGCAGUUUCAGGCAGUUGCUAUUGCAAUUCAGAGAUCUGGAUUUAAGAUUGUACUGCUGCUUCGACUGGUUCCAUUGCUUCCUUUUAACAUGUUGAAUUACCUCCUGUCCGUGACUCCUGUUGGCAUAGGAGAAUACAUGAUGGCUUCCUGGCUGGGAAUGAUGCCAAUAACUCUUGCACUUGUAUACAUUGGAACAACUCUAAAGGAUCUUUCUGACGUGACACAUGGAUGGGGUGAGGUUUCAACAACUCGUUGGGUACUUAUCAUACUGGGACUUGUGGUAUCUGUGGUUUUGAUGGUGUGUGUUACUAAAGUUGCAAAGACUGCUUUGGACAAGGCAUUGGCUGAAAAUGGGGAGGUCGAAGGCAUCUUGGCCUCGCCUCAGCUACACACCACAGCAGACCCUCCAUCAGAUCUUCGCGAACCUCUCAUAAUCAAGAUCGACUCGUCGGCUAACAGUCAUGAAAGCUAAACCUCUCCUUCCAUGUACAUUCUUUCUAAUCUUGUUGCUUGAUUCCUAUAUAUUGUCCCGUAGGCAUUGGCAUGUACUAGGUAUUCCACCUUCUUGGUCGUUGAUUUCUAUCUUCACUUUACAUCACUGUUGGUACACAUCUGUAAUUUUUUAGAGAAGGAAUGGAUGAUUUUUUUAGAGGAAAAGAAUGUGCGUUGAAAUGUGAUGCUGUUUUGACAUGCA